AUGUAUGUUUCAGAAUCUGGCUUAAUGCCAGCUUAAGAGAUCCAUUAAACGCGUUGAAGAGAACCUUACCGAUAAAGUAGUACUCUUCAGUAUUCCUCGAAGCAAGAAUGUCUGAAUUGGGAAUUGGAGCAGAGGGUUCUGAAUUGACCAGAGCUAAAGGAAGAGGAAGAGGACGAAUUGUCCCAGAGACUGGGUUCUCUAACGCGAACUCUGCUGCAACCUUGUGUCCCAAUAACAACUCACGAGACGAAUCUGUUCCGCCCAAGGGAGACGAAUGGGAGGAAGAUGAACCCGAACCUGUAGACGACAACCCUGGAGAGCUCCGAGUCCCGAAGGGGUUGGUAGGACGAAUAAUCGGGAAAGGAGGUUGUAAAAUCAAAGAGAUCAGGGAGGCCUCGGGAGCCAGAAUUGACAUCCAAGAUGAAGGAAGUGAAAGUAAAGUUUGUCUGUCAGGAACUCCGGACCAGAUGAAAACUGCCAAACAGAUUAUUCAAAGUAUCAUUGAUCAAGGUGAUAGUAGAGAUUACAGUAGAAGUCAACGCACUGAUGAAAGCUCUGGUUCUAGAGGCAGAUAUCUAGAUGAUCAGAAUGACAGUGCUGGAGACCAGGGACACGGACGUCCAGGUGUACCUGCACACUGGGGAGUUCUAGAUUCAGGAGACAAGGAUGAGUUCGGUCCACCAGAGACAGAGGAGACUACCAUUAAUUGGAGUGAUUUCAAGAAAAGUAUGGAAUCCGAGUCUAAGCGAAAAUGGGGUGCUCUACCUCCGAUCGUAAAGAACUUUUAUGUGGAACAGGAGACUGUUAAAGCCAGAUCUGAAGCUGAAGUUGAGAAAUUCAGGCGUUCUAAUAAUAAGAUCCAGGUGAAAAACUUCAAUGAAAACGACACAGCUGCUCUGAUGAAGCCAGUGUUUACAUUUGAAGAGGCGUUCUCCAGGUACCCUGAGAUCAUGGAGACUAUUCAAAACCAGGGGUUUGAAAGACCAUCACCUAUCCAGUGUCAGAUGUGGCCCUAUCUGCUGUCUGGUAAAGAUGUGAUAGGCAUAGCCCAGACAGGAACUGGUAAAACCCUGGGGUUUCUGCUCCCUGCAUUUAUCCAUAUUGAAGGACAGACUAUUCCAAGAGGAAAGAGAGGAGGUCCUAGUGUUCUUAUCUUCGCUCCAACCAGGGAGCUCGCGCAGCAAAUAUCUGGCGAGGUAAAGAAGUACGAGUACCGAGGGAUAUCAUCUGUAUGUGUCUACGGUGGUGGAAGCUUUAAUGAGCAGCUAAAGGCAAUAGAGAAAGGUGUUGAGAUCAUAAUAGCUACACCUGGUAGAUUCAACCAUUUUGUUGAGAAGGGUGCUAUAAACUUAGAAACCAUCACCUAUCUUGUUCUAGACGAGGCGGAUAGAAUGUUAGACCAAGGAUUCGAGUAUGAAAUUCGAAAGACACUGUGCGACAUCAGACCUGACCGUAUUUCUGUUAUGACAAGUGCCACCUGGCCUCCAGACGUUCGUAGAUUAGCGACAAAAUAUAUGGUAGAUCCAGCCACAGUUUUUGUAGGUUCCCUGGAUUUAGCUGCUGUGAAGAGUGUGACACAAGAGAUUAUUCAAGUGGCGGCAGAGGAGAAGAUGAAGUAUUUGGUGGAUUUCAUCAAAAGCAUGGAGGAGGACGAUAAGGUUAUAGUGUUCGCCGGGAGGAAAUCCUCUGUCACCAUGUUAUCAGUUGAGUUAUCGCUAAUGUUCAUAUCAUGCCAGUCAAUUCACGGAGACAGGGACCAAGAAGACCGCGAGCAAGCUCUAGACGAUCUAAGAAGUGGUGAAGUUAAGAUACUGAUUGCUACAGGUAUGAAGGUGUGUAGAAUUGGAAGAACAGGGAGAGCAGGGAAAACUGGAACCAGCAUAUCCCUUUUUACUAGGGAGGAUUGGAGAAAAGCCCCUGAGCUUGUAACUAUGUUGGAGGAUGCUGGUCAACCUGUACCUGAGUGGUUAGCUAAGGAAGCUGUCAGGUUUACAGUGUGGAAGGCUAAGAGGGACCAGGAUGAUGCACAGUUUGGUGGAAGAUCCAGAGGGGGAGGUAGGGGAGGAGGAGGAGGUGGUGGCGGAAGUGGAUGCAGAAAUUGUGGAGAAGAUGGUCACUAUGCGCGAGAUUGUCCUCAAGGCGGCGGAGGAGGAGGAAGGGGCGGCGGUGGAGGUGGUGGUGGUUUUGGCGGAGGUGGUGGUAGAGGGCGUGGCAGUGGAUGUUUUAAGUGUGGAGAGUCCGGCCACAUUUCUCGAGAUUGUAGGAAGCGUUAAUUUUGUUGUAGUCGAAUUCGUUAGAUUUAUUUUUUCGAUCAAAUUUCAAAUUGUUGUUUUUGUUGCACCGUAUUAUUUUUAUAGUAUAUGUAUGCUUCAAGUAAAUAAAUAGUGUGAACCCACCCUUCUAA